AUGUCUAAUACAUCAUCUUCAUCUACGGUUAAUAUACGAGCUAUGCAAUUAAAUCAAGCAGCAUCAUUAAGUGUAUUGGUUUUAUCAUUGAUCAGUGUCAUUCCAGGUGGAAUUGGUUUGAUAUUCAACAUUUUAAUUUUCACUCAGCUAGUAUCACGAAAUGAAGCAUAUGUAGUUUAUUUCUUCUCCUCAACAUGUUACAACAUAUUUAUCGUCUUAAUUAUGCAACCACUUUGCGUUGUUGCAGCUAGUUCCAAUCUAGACCUAGCUAAUUAUAAUCUUGGAAUAUGCCAGAUCCAGUGGUAUGCAUUAUAUGGCACACGAGCGAUCGCCUCGUGGCUAAUUGUUUUAGCUUGUCUCGAUCGAUUUUUUCAUAGCUCAUCGAACACAUAUGUUCGUCAAUUGAGCUCAUUAAAAUCCGCCAAAGUCACUGUUAUUAUCAGUAGUAUGAUCAUCCAUAUACCAUAA